CCCUAGCAUCUCACGUGUGGAGUGGAUGCGUACUGGCAUGUGUGUGCGCCCUCGCCAGGCCUCGCGUCCUAAAGCCCGUGUGACGGGCAUGCACCCCAGACGAAACUUCCGACGGCGCGGCGCCGGUUGCCGUGUAAUGCGGCGGCCAUGGCUCGACGCGGUCGCGGCGGUUCUCCUCGCGACUCUUCUUGCGUUUUAUGUCGUCUCUUCAGGUCACGCACGCGCUACUAGUACUUCGGAGCCUGGACGGCCACUUCGCCGCUUCGAGAAACCGAAAAGAAGAUGCAGGUCUCCGAAAGAGAUUCGCCAUCCACAACACUUUCAAUCGCCUUCCGCCUCGUUCGACGUCUUACCGAAUCCGCCGCUAACGAGUACAGGAGUACCCAGAACGAGAAGCAGCCGCAGCAGCGUCGGCAGCCGCAUAGCAGCCAAUCAGCCAUGCCACGAAAUCGAAUCCGGGAGUCCCGCAAUGCAGCGACUGGUGGACUCCUACUUGGCAUCGCGGCGCGCGGAAGGUCCGCUGGGCGCAGAAGCGCCUGGCGAGGGGGGCGCGCGCACGGAGGAGGCGAGCGUGGGGAACGGGCGGAGCUUUGGGGGCAGACGGCUGGCGGAGGUGGAGGAGACGCGCGUGGGGGGAAUGCGCCUUGGGAACGGGAGGCGGUUGGCGGAGGAGGUGGAGACGGGGGUGGCGGUGGUGGGGCGAGUAGAGGCUCUAGAGGAGGAGCUAGCGCGGGUGGAGGGGGGGGAGAAGGCGGAGUCGCGCAGCGCAAUGGCGUGCAGAGCGGUGAGGCAGCAGGGUUAACUGGUGGUACUGGUGGCAUGGAGAGCGUUGCAAUGGAUGGGAAGCAGAGCGCGGAUGCGGCAGCGGUUGCAGCGAUGCCGCCAGCAGCUCAUGUGGAAGCGCCAGUGGCCCAUGCCAUGGCCUCUGCCACGGCACCUGCCCCUGCGCCCACACCAGCGCCUGCAGCCGCAUCAGCAGCAGCAGCACCAGCAGCGGCGGCAGCAGAUUCAGAUGUGGCGCACCCUGGAAGAGCUGCUGCUGCUGCAGUGGAUGCACACGUUAGUGCAGCUGGCCUUAGCAGCAGCAGCGACUCAGCACUGCCACAAGCAGCAGCAGCAGCACUGUCAGUGCCGCCUGGCACCGCCCCUCCACUGCCAAUCAGACAAGACUGGGGUCGCAAUGUGUCCCUGCAGCAGAAGGAGGCGGAGGAACAUGCCAAGGUGGAGAGCGGUGCAUGCAGCGAGUUCAAGCUGGUGUACCGGGGCGGGUGGCGCGAGGGGCAGCUCACAUGGGCACCACAGCCCGACCGAUUCGUGCUCAUGGACUGCCACAAGCACCAGCUGAGCAACCGGGUGCGGUGCAUGCGGCACUCCAUGAUAGCAGCGGGCAUGCUCAACCGCACUCUGGUAGUCCCCAUGUGCGCGCGCGACGUGCCGCGCCACUAUGACCGCCACGCCUUCCUGCACCUCGCACACACCCAGCGCUGCUACGGCCCGCUCUCAGUUAUCUCCUGGGAUGGUGCUGGGGGCAACGGGACUCUCAGCAGCAGUAUGCAAACGGGCAAUGGCAGUGCCAGCAGCAGCAGCAGCAGCAGCAGCAUGGCAGUGAUAGACCAGGUCAUCUGCAUUCGAGAGCCCUGCUACAACCAACCAGGUUGGGGCUCCCCGGACCACCUCCCGGACCUCCCAGGCCUCUCCUACUCUCCCAAUCUCACCAUCACCACGGUCACCCUCCCUCCCGGCACCAUAGACACACGGGCAUUCACCAACCUCUCGUCGCUCAUUCCCCCCUCGGCGCGCAUCAUCCUGCUAGGGGAUCUCGCAGCUCUUAACCUGGAGGGGCCCCGGGGUAUGGACGUUCCUUUCUUCACCCGCCCCGGCUGCCCAAACACGCUUGCCAUCCACCCCCACCCGGCGAUCUUAGAAGCUGCGGACCGGUUCGUUUCGAGCGUGAUACUCCCUGGGAAGAAGCGGUGGUGGGAGCGGGAUGGGGAUAGCGGGGAAGGGAACACCGGGGAGAGCAAAACAACUGAAACUGCUAGUAGCCCGGGAAGCCUCGAUUCGAGCAGUGAAAGCAGCAGAGCGAGCAACAAGACGCUGUGGGCAGUAGGCAACAGUACAGAGGAGGAAUCAGUAGGUGUUGCGCGGUACAUAGCGGUGCACUGGAGGAGGACGGACCUGGUGCGGCUGUCCAAGGACCCCUGGGUGCACCUGCCAGUGGCGCGCGUGGGGAAGUGCCUGGUGCAGCGAAUGGCGCUGUCGGGCAACAUCACGAGGAUGUUCCUGGCUACAGACGCAGAGCAGGGAGAGGUGAAUGAGCUCGUACACUUCAUUAAAGAGUGGAUUCCAAGCUUUCAGCUUUUGAGACUGCCUGAAACGUUAGACUCCCAUCCAUGGGCGGACGUCAUCAAUCCGUUACAAUUUGAAGAUGCGGUAACAGUGCGAGCUACACUAGAUAAGGCCAUAUGUGCGAUGGCGGAUGUGUUUCAAGGAACGCAUGCAUCCUCCUUCUCAGAAGAUAUUAAGAGAAUUAGAGCGGGCUUGAGACUCUCGUCCUGCGAGGAUUCUCUCCUAUGUGAAGACAUGAUACAUUCUUGAAUCGUGAUUUGUGAAGUCGUUGAGAAUGUCAAACAUGUGUAUCUCCUAUGUUUGCAUAGACUGUAUAGGGCCACCUCUUAGAGGGUAGAACACUUAGGUAUAUUCACCUGUACUCUCCCUCUACUCAU